CGUCAGAGCCGCGACGAGCCCGCUGCGUCACCGCCAACACGCCGCACCAGGAGUGAUGCGCCCCUGAGGCCUGUCCGAACCUGUCUCGCGCGGAGGCCGAGGAUGCGGUGGACACUGCCUGUCCCAGUGAUUCUCUUAGCCGCAGUCUCGCUAACAGAAGAGGAAUGUCAGACUCGCACCAUCUACUGCUACGAGUGCGACAGCUGGACGGACCUGCGCUGCAAGGACCCCUUCAACUACACGGCGCUGCCACGUGACCAGCCGCCGCUCAUGACGUGCAACGGCUGCUGCGUCAAGAUGGUGCGCAACGCGAGGUCACCGUACGAGAGCGUGCGGAGGACCUGCACGUCGCAGCUGCAGAUCAACCUGUUCAUGGUGGAUCACGUGUGCAUGAUGGAAAGUAGUGGUUCGGGUCACAUGUGUUUCUGCGAAGAGGACAUGUGUAACAGUGCCGUGCCCCUCCGCGUCCUGAACCGACCAUUCCUGCUGUCGCCACACUCGCUGCUCCUGCCGCUAGCGUCCGCACUCAGCUGCAUGGUGCACAGAUAGGCCUCGGUCCUCCUCCCCCCCCCCCCCCGCAGAGACCCUGCAGACCUCCGGAGUACAGUAGCGCCGGGCGGUAGCGGCCGAUACGCCCGCCUGCACGGCAGUCGUGGCCUGGAGAGCGUGGUGUCCCGCCUACCGAUCACGUGACGCCAGCUGCCUCGCGCUGAUUGGUCCACUCACUCGGGCGAGCGCAGCUACCGGGAGGCAAAACCCCGCGAGCUCCGUCGAACGCCGGGACACCAUUCUCUCCGGCAACACCAUAGACAUAGAUUCCCUGCUCUUUUUUCUUUUCUCCAAAACUAGCCUUCGUAACACCUGAGCGGUGUAGACGCACACACAGCUUUUGUAAAAAAAAACACUUCGUCGUGUUUUGGGAAAACAGACGGCCUCGUCUCCGGCAGAAGGGCUAGCUAGCUUCAGACCGUCUCAGGCCCUCCCACGAGUUGAACCCCUUAUAUAUCUCGACCGUGGAAGGCGCCACCCUCAGCACAAUCGCCCAAAACACGACUAACAAAAUUAUUUCUUGAAACACUAUUUCUCAGCAUAUAAACAAAAUAACGCUUUCUAAAAUUCACUAGCUGUGUUGUUUCUACACGAUCAACUAAGGAAAAUUAAAAAAAACAAUUAUAAAUACAGAUAUAUAUAUAAAUGUAGUAUAAUGCUACUUUUGUAAUAUGAUAUUUGCAUGAUUUAUAAAUAGUUUAAUAUUUAACUAAUGCUGAUUCACAUACUCGAACAUACUUAGGACAUUUUACGAGUUUACACACCGUUAGAGUUUCGGUGUGAAAUAAAAUUUGUAUUUUAAUCUUUAGAUACUUGAUUGAACAUUUGAAAUUCGUUUCUGCAUGACUCACAAGGUGGUAUUGUGUCAAUAACUAUGUCUUGGUAGCUUAUGACUUCCUUGUUCCUUAUGGUACAAUACCUAACCGACAUGUCAGACAGUUUAGAGAAGUACCAUGAUAGUCAAGCAUCUGUGUGCAGAACUUUGUUGUUUUGUCGUGCGAUAGUUUUCAACUUACUACCUUAGGAGUAACAUAUCACGUACUUUUUUGAAUUUAUAAAUAUUAUAUAUUUUAUUAUACUUAGAAUACGCAUACAAUGAAUACAUAUAAAAUUAUCUUUUAAAAAUUUAAAUUAAUUUAUAUUUAAUUUAGUUAAAUUCUUGUUGCAAAAUGAUAGAGAAUUUUAUUUUAAUAUAGCUAUAAUAUAAAAAAUUGAUUAUCGCAUUGUCAAUAAAGGUUACAAAAUACGAAUUGCGUAGAAUAAAAUGUGACUUAAUUGUUAUGUAUACAGUUAUGGUAUAUGAGAAUAAACGUUAUAAUAAACUCGGAAUUUAAAGGUGGCUGGAAUCUUAUCUUUAAAUAAUGAAGCUCAUAGGUCAUAUCAAAAAUCCUUGAAAGAAUAAUGCUCAAACACUUUGAACCCUAAAUCUUAAUAAACUAUUCGCUAUUCCAUCCCGUAUUUAUGCAUGUUUACGUAAGCUAUUUACCUUUAGCAGUUAGAAAAUUAGUGAUCACAAUAUUCAUAUUAGAGAAAUUACUAUAAAUAUACAGAACUGACAAAAUAAAUACAAACAAGAAACAAGUGUCAAUAACUGUGCUUCAACUAGAAGAAACUACAUGUUGAGGUGUUGUGAUUCGUUAUGUAUCCAUUUAUAUACUUUCCACUAAUAUGAAUAUCAGUAUCGCAUAGAAGUUUAUACAACGUAAAGACUUUAAGGUAGGCCGUAAGUCACGUGUUUUAACUUCUUCUUAAGACAUACAUCCUAUUGUAUUGUCAUUACAUGUGUGAACUUUCAUAUUUACAAUGUGUUGUCAGUAAGAUAACUCUCUUUUCUUCCACUUUUUCUGUGUCGACAAAAACUCUAUGACGCUGUGGAAGAGACAAUUAGACGUAAAAAAAAAGAACAGACACAGUCAUUGCAUAUUUUAGUAAUAUUCUUUCUUUUUUUUAUCUCUCUCUGCAACUUAUCACAUGUAUUCCUGCACUGAAUGUUGUUGUGUGACGUCAUCUGCACGGCUUUGGAAUAUUGCAUUGUGAAUGUCUUAACAAUUACUUUGUGUUUUCAAAAGUAUUAUUUUGUGCCCGUUUCAUCGUCAGCAGCAAAUAUUUCAAUCCAAAGGCAUUUUAGAUUCGAAGAGCCCGCACGCCCAAGAGCAUUGAAGUUUUGCUGCUGAUUGAAAUUUUUUCCCUAGAUUUUGUUUUCGUGGAGAAUGAGCAUGUGUGCACAGUUAUUCCCAGAAACAAAUGAAGCUGAAAAGAUUCACUUGAGCUGUAUGAUAUGAAAUGCAAGUCAAAUCGAUUAUUUGACAAAAUAAAUAUAAUUUUAAGCAUUUCCCCAGUUGAUUCGUGGCUCAUUUGUUUCUGAGAAGUAGUUUUUUUGUAAAAUUGUAAUGGUGGUGUUCGUUUUGGAUCAUGUAACCAGUGUUGUGAAAUCAACAAAACAAAAACUUGCAACCCGUUCCUAUCUCUUUCUCUGUCACCAGAAGAUUUUGUCUUUUCAUGUGUCGAGCACAACCCGUACUACUGCUCGUGUGCGUUUUCGUAUCUUGUUGUUUACAUGCAACUACGUUUCAUGCCAUGACUAACUGUCGCGUCACGUCGAUUUCUGUUGUUAUCACUUUCUUUGUGCACAUCUCGCUUUCCCCCGUUGCUUCCACCAGCGGCUGUUUUUUCAGAUCGAGUCUGAGCUCCCCCCCCCCCCUCGCUUCGACAAGGCUUCAGUUAUGGUUUCGCAUCGGGCCGUUGGUAGUCCUGGGCCGCUGCAGCCGAGACCUCGCGACGCACUGUGCCUUACCCGCCAAUCAGCGUGCCUCACUCCGUGAGUCCCAGAAUUGAGCCCUGAGGUCGUGUUUCCCUUAACUAAGGAGACGUCUCGGUGGAUUCAACGGUACUUACGUAUCAACGACACCGCAGCUACUUUUAAACAUUGCGGACGGAUAGUUGGGUUAUUAUAGCAACAUUAAAAAAAAACACUGUGAAAUCAUGUGAACUUUUGGUUGGGUCAGGAUAGCCACAUCUUAAAUUGGUAAUUCCUCAGCAACCAUAAUGAAUAUUUUAUAGUUGUUUUUUUAUAAUGUAUCUAUACCAAACCAACCAACCAUCCAUCCACAAUAUUUAAAGGUAGCUUUGGUGGCGUUAACACGUAAGUACCGAUUCAACUGUAGGUGCGUUCAUCGGAAUUCACAAAAUUUGGUUAUGCCGCGUACCCAUAAAAAAAAAUCCGUUUUGAACUGAAAUGUUCAGUUUGCUGAAAACCACCCGUGCUCGCUCGUCCUGAACUCGAACUGCGGGCAGUGCGUCGUUAAGGCUCUUGCGCCUGCAGGGGCGGCGGGCGGCCGGGGCCUUAAUGCCUGCCACUGCCCCCCCACCACCCCCCUCAGCUUGGUCGCAAGGUCGGGGGAGCGACGAGGGGAAAGGCGGUGCGCUUCAUGUGACCUGAGCUCCGAUUACUUUCUACAUGGCAUUCGUCAUCCGACCGUGCGGAGCUGUGAGCACGCGACAGAGAGCCCCGACUGUCUUCCCUCCCGACAAGCGUUCACGUCGCUGUCUCAAGGCAGUGGCGGAUCCAGAGGUUCACUCUAGCAUUUCAGAAUAGCCACAGGAAAAAAAAAUGUCUUAAAAUUACUGAAUUUGUAUUUAAUCUACUCACACUACACGUAACAUCCAACCACCAGAUUUUAUGAUUCUACAAGAAAUUCAUUAAUUAUAUUAAAAUAUUUUAUUGGUUCCAGAAACAAUCAUUUUUGUCGGCAAUAUUAAUGUAGCAGACAACUGUUUUUUUUUUGGGGGGGGGCACUUGCCCCUGGUGCCCCCCCCCCCCCCCCCCCCACUUGGAUCCGCCACUGGUUUCAAGUCACGUGAUAUUUACACGAACCACAUUCCCCCCGCAUCGUGGUGGAAGCCUAGUAAAAACAUGUCACCUGGACGAUAAUUCGUGUUGCUUAAAGAGGACGUUGGCGGCGCAAAAUGGCGUCGCGUCCCAAGAUGGCGCCGGGCUCCCCGCCGCGUGCUCGAGCUACGAGACGAACCCGAGACGAGCCGGCGACCGCCCGGCCUGCUCGGGCGCCUUCGGGCAUCUUCGGGCAUCUUCGGGCGUUCCCGGCUCGCCUCGGCUCUCGUCGGGACCCGAUGAUUCUGCGGCCAUGUUGUUGUUUUUUUCUCUCUCUCUCUCAUUUUGUAACUUGAUUCUUAUUGUGAUCGUCCCCAGUCACUGUUCAAUUGUCCGCAUGCGUCAUGGCAAUGAUGUUUGUCUCACACAGCAUCCUCCGUAGAUGACGGGAAAAAAUGUUUAUUCGACUUUAUUUUCUAAUUUUCAGUGUUUGAAUUUUUCACAUAUGUCUCAGCGUAUCAACCUUGUUUACACCACCGCCAAUUUUUUUUAAAUUAGUAAUAUGUAUUUAUAUUCUCAUUUUUCCUACUAGUUGAAGGCUGUAAUAUGUAAUAGAACAUAAUUGAUUUUUAAAUGAUUAAAAUAAUUAUGGCAACUUCAAUAAAGUUAUGUAAAUUAAUUAAUAUUUUCUGUAUUAAAUGAAAAUGCUUGAAACUUGAAAAUCCUAUUGGAUAAAUCUCUAUUUUUUUUUUAAAUUGAGUUUUUUUUAGUUUUUAUAGUGUUAUUUACAAUUUUAUCAUGACUGUGAAAUUUCUAAAUAUAAACCACAUAAUUAUACUGAUGCAACUGUUAAUAUAUUGCCUUAAAUUACAUGAUUGUGUUAUAAUUAUGGCAUGUUCAUUACAUUUACAUUGAAAUUGCGGCAGGGAUAUUUUAAUUUAUUGUGGCAGGAAUAUUAAGGUCGAAGUAAAUAUGUAUAAGGAGUGGAACCUACUCAUUAACACGUGCAGAUUUAAAAACAUUACAAGCUACUUCAUGAUCUCCGAAUCAUCACCGAUGCGUGACAUUUUACUUGCAUUUUUGCUUGAAAGCACGUGCGACCUGUUUUAAGCAUACAAGGUUUUCUGAGAUUAAUGGUUUUCUCCCAACCCUGGCUUUGAACUAGUCUUAACUGAAAUGAGUGAUUUUACUCUGUUUGAAUAAUAUUCCUUAACUUACUUUAAUUCUGAAAUAAUAGUUUUCAAAAGUGUACCAUGUGUACGGUUUGUUUUAACAUAUGUUAUAAAAUUCACAAAUAUUAUAAAUUAUAGAUUUCAUCAAUUUUACCCGAUGAUAACAUAAAGAUCUUAAAAGAAAACUACAAACUUUAUUGCCAUUUCAGAUGUUAACAUUGAAUUUUAUUUAAUCUCUCUGUAAAUACCCACUUUUUUUUUUCUUCACGCAAUGUAUAUAAGUGCACAAUAAGAACCAAGAUAUGUUCAAAUGUAAUUUAUUUAUUUUGUAUUAUGGCAAAGCUACGACCACGCGCUACGGUAGCUGAUGAAACGAAAAUGUCGCGUGAACAAGCCUGUCGAAACAACAUAGAGUAUACGCCAAACGCUAAAGAAAUAACUGGACCGGAGGCUUUCAUAUCAGUCAUCAGCCGUUUAAAAAAAAAAAAAAAAGUCUCGAAGGCUUUCGUGAAUCAUCCAUUUGGUGACGUGUCCUCGUAAAGCUCUGAUUCAAAGUCACACAAGUUAGCAAGGGUCACAAAGAUGUAAAAAGCUUAGUCAUCAGUAGACAUUGUGGGGUCUGGUUGGAGUCCAAAAGUCAUCUUCCUUGACCCAUGAAACUGCUAGCCACUCACUAGCCACUUUAUCUUCCUCGGUAAAUGUACCGCUUUGAAAGAGAACCAGCGAAUGAGUGAAAUGUGCUUUUUUUAAACUCCGUAGGCUAAGGCUUGAGAAAAAAACUUACUAAUUCGUCUCCGUUUUUUUCAUAAUCAACCCUGCAUUCAAGUUAUUCCGAAAAAGCGUUUGCGUUUCACUCAGCACGUUGCACCUCCCCCUGUGACAGUGCUCAUUUCGAGAGCAGUCCUCGCUCUGAGGGCUGGCUGAGCCGCAUGUGUCACACGUGACAGUGUUGACAGUGUUGACAGUGUUGACAGUGUUGACAGUGUUGACAGUGUUGACAGUGUUUACAGGCACGCGACCGGGUCCCAUUGGCCAGCGACCGGCCGUGACGUCAGCUUUGCCAAACACACUCGCCGGAAGUGAAUGUCGACCGACUGGCAACAGCUGGUGGCGCGGUCUCUUGUCAGUCAGAGAAGACACACGUGGAGGCAGCAUUUGGUAAUCCCCUGUCUGCAAGGCCGCAGUGCGCUGGCUAUUUACAUCCACAUGACUCGUUUUUGAAAUCAUAGCAACACUGUUGGCAAUAUCCCGAAUGCAGUCUUAACCUCGCAGACAGCAUCUGAAGGGGGACAAUUCAGGCUUGGUUGCUUCGAUAUUUGCACGAAAAUUAUUUUUCACAAUUGCUUCCUUUUAAAAAGUAAAUAAAUAAACUUUUUAAUGUCCUUCCCCAGCUAACUGCUCCGUUUGACAUUUACUGCCAUUUUAUAAGAAAUUUAUCAAUGUUGGAAUAUUUUGUCUGCUCUAAGUGUCGUAUGCAUUGUUUAUGUUGUUUACACUGCAAUAUCUGCUAAAUGUAUUGUUUCAUUUUUUUGUAAUUUGGUCGUUGUAAUUCAAACAGACUGUACAAAGCUGUGCUUAUGUGACGGAUGCAUAAUUCAGUGUGUUUUUUUUUUAAUUUGAUCAGUGUUUUUAGUAACAAUAUGUAUGAUUGUGGAGACUUUUAAAAAGGUGAACUCAUGGUAUUUGUAUAUUUUAUUUCACAUAGGGAAUGUAUCUCUGAGGGACAGGCAUCAAAUAUAAGUUUUCCUAAUUCAUUUAAUUUUUUGAGCUUCUAAUUAAUAAAUAUGAAAUCACUAGACACACGUGGUACAACAUUGUCAAUCAAGAUAUAAGUACUGGUAAAGUUUUUAUCGUGUAACACAAUGCAAUGGUAAUACUCCUACAACUAGGUCACUUAACUUUUCCUGAAACAUGUCAUAAAAUGCCACGUUUGAGCUAUAACCUGGAUAUUUGAUUAUGAAAAAUUGUAAAAAAAAUUAAAACUUGGUUUACUUUAAUCUGAAUUUAAAAUCGCUGCAAAUUUUUCCAAAAUAAAAUGGUUUCAAUAACCUUAGUUUAAAUAAAACUUAAAACCAAAAUAAAACUUAAUUGCUUAUUCAAUAAUGGUCAUCAUCGUUUGCGGGCCACAAUUCAAUUAUGAUGUGCCAUACUCGUGGAGAAUAUGACAAGUGUAUCAAAUGAAUAUCUUUAAAUUUUUAUUUAAUGCUAAGCUUAUUCUGUCUUUGUAAAUUGUAUUACAAUAAGAGAUUUUUGUGAUUAUUAAAAUUAAAUUUUCUGGUAACUAUGUGCAGUUAUGUGGUUCAGAGAAGAAAUAUAUAGUCCGAAAUAUCACCUCCAAGUAAAAUCAGUCUCCCCCUAGCAAGAGCCAUUCAAAAAACCGUAUCGCCUCUAUGCCUGUUCACGUGAGUCGAAUUUGUGAACGAUACAAUUGUUAUAAACAUGAUAAAGUUUCAAUACUUCGCCUAUCAGAGCUAUAAACGCUGCAAAACAAAAAAAAACCUGACUGAUUAGGAUUAACAGUUUUAAAACAAAGUGUAUAAAAUUUUUGUCUUCGGUUUGAUUUAUACACUGCAUUUUUAAUAAUAAAUCACUAUUCUCCUGAGUUUUUGCCAACGUGAACAGUAAACUUUUAUGCUAAAUUAUGCUGUUGUACGCAAUUUUUUUGUAAGUGUUUAAAUUUGCGUGGGGUCGGAAACAAAACAAAAAAAACUGGUUUUUGCUUUUGAGUUUUCUUUGCAAUCAUACAUACGGAGUCAGCGCUUUAAACGUUUGGUGUUACUUAGUACCAUCAGCAUGUGAUGACGUUGUCUGGGUGCAAGCCCUCUGUUAGUACAAGCACUACUGUGCACACACUAAUGUGCACACACUAAUGUGCACACACUACUGUGCACACUCUCUCCCUGCUCUAACUGUCGUUGUUCCCGACACUCGCCAAUGCAAUGACUUUACAAUCCGCGUCACGAUGCGUCCGUGUGAAGACAACUCUUCACUGCGAGUCGGGCUGUUCUCACCGGGAUUUUUCAGUUUUGGUGCAACCAAUUUAAAAACCAAUCCCUAAAAAUUCCUUAUAUUAAUUUAUAAAACCUAAUCACCUAUCUAAUUUAAACAUUGGGCAAUUGGGAAAAUCCUAAAUGUAAGUGGGCUUAUUCAAGGUAAAUCUUUUGAUGAUAUCUUCUAAAUCGACGUGGUAUGAAUUUGAAAGGUUAAAUAAUUUGUUGUAUAGUACAAAAAACUUUUAAUUUUUGCGGUUUAUUCAUUUUCUUAGUAUUUAUAUGUAUUGGUAAAAGUUAAGUUAAUACUUAAUACAAACAAUAAGUACAAGUGAAAUAACUUUGCGGUGUGAUAAGCAUAUUUUCCCCCUCAAAUAAAAACUUUAAGAUUUUCUUAAAAGAGACAUUUAAAAGUCUUGACCACAAGGUUACUGAAAGAUACAUUGAGAUAUUUUGAAAGUAUUUUGUACAGGCAUAAUGAAAUGUUUUAUUCGAAUAUGAAGCUUUUAAAAUUUUUCAACGAUUAACAUUUCACUCGAUGCAUGAAUUAUUUACAAACAAUAUAAAUGUUAUAUUCACGCAUACACACACUACAGCGGAUGGAAAUUAGUUAAUUUAAUUAUUCGCUUCUCCGUUGUAUGUUGAUGGAAACUUUGUUGGCAUUUGUUUGCAAACGUGUGGUUUCGUGGCGAGAAUAUCUGCAAGUGCGCGUGAACUGUUUCUGACGCGUGCUCGCUUCUGAGCUACCUUGGCUGGUUAUUCCACCUUGAAGCGAUGCCCCUGCGACUCAGGAAGCACUCAGCUGCACAGAGAGGUUGUCCCAGUGUCGAGUGGAAGCUGGGUGUUGCUAGCGAGGCCAGCCUGAAGUUCACACGGCCAUCUUCACAUCACAUCAGCUACUGCAGCUGUGCAUAGUUCAAGUGAAGAAUCUGCACCGACAAGUGGAAUCACGACAUCUUGGCUCGGUUUCCUCUUUUAACAGGAGUGACUAGCUGGUCGGCCUCUGUUGCCAAAAUACACGACUCUCUGCCACAAGUGUGGCAAUCAUGGUAAACCCUGUCGCAAAUUUCACAAAUAAUUUCCUGAUUUGUACUUAGUUUUUCCCCAUGAACUAUGCUCGUAGGUUGAUUCAGGGGGUGAGGAUGCAGGGCAGAAUACGGCGAAGCGCGGGGUUCAUGUUGAAAUAAAGAAUUCAAAUUCCCACCUUGAAAGUUAUUCCGACGGAAUCACGAGUUAUAGCACAUAGAGACCGGAAAAAUUCGCGGAUUCAUUUCACAAUAUGAUAGAAUCCAAACAACUGUUCCUUUAUGUUGCUUCUCUGAUUGGCUCACAGUUUACCUGAAGGACUUUGGGCCAAUGAAAAACCUUCAACCAUAAAAGUAAGGAAUCGCAAGCGUCCCAGUUGACAGGUGUCAAUGCCAAAGGAGUCAGUAGCCAAUGAGGAGUGGCAUUUGCCCUAGUGUGUAGGGGAUGGUGGAGUCUAUCCUAGAGGUCAUCCAAAGCGCGAAUUUGUCCAGUAUCUAGAGAUGUGUAAUUCGAAGCUCCAGCGAGCAGCCGCGUCUGUGGGCCCAGGCAGCCUCACUCAGGCUUGGGAGUGAGUAUCAACGCCCCAUUGAAGCAGACACGGUGGCACCAGCCAGCCGGGUGUUCACUGGCCAGGAAGCAGUGGCAGAAGUGGCGGAGGAACAGAAACGUCACGCAAACACGCCCACCCGUCCGCAAGGCCGUCCUAAACUAUGCUGGCGCCCUUGGGCACACAAGAAUUUGGGGCCCUUUUGGAAAAUAAAGAUAGCGAAUUAUACUAACAUUUUUUCUAUUAUGAUCUUCUAUCUAUUAUGGGUAGAGACCUGCAAAAUUCGCGGAUUCAUUGACCUCUAGGAUAGAUUCUACAGUCCUUUAAAUACUCGCGGAAAUGACACCUGUUCAUUGGCUACUGACGCGUGAGACGUCUCAACUAGGCUGUCCGUAAUUCGGCACUUUCUUGGUUUAGUGUUUCCCAUUGGCUCACAGUAUCCCCGGAUAAAAUGUGGGCAAAUCGCAGAAGCGGUACGAAGGUAUAGUUGUUUUGAUGCUAGCCUAUCGCGAAAUGAAUCCGCGAAUUUUGCAUGUCUCUAAUUAUGGGUAAUCAAAAAAACAAUCUAAUGUCAUUAAUGAUAUUACUUAGUAUGCUGCUAGGUUUUUUUUGGUUACGAUUAAGAUAAUGGUUUCUUUCGGGAUUUCUGGUGAGCAAAAUCUUCUAUAGUAUUCGUCAACAUCUAUUUUAGGCCUCGUUUAGGCUGUGCAGCUUGACUUAGGAAUUGGAGUGGUUUACAUGUUUGAUCGCUAGAUGUGGUGUACCUAGUAAAUUAGGAUGCGUUUCUGAAAUAUUAUUAAUUAGUGCAACCCGACAAACAAAAAUUUUGACAGCAGCGCUGUUAGUUUGCUGUGCUCAACAAAAACGUUUUGAGAAUAGAUGUGAGAGAGAUUGUCGGUCCUUCGGGGGCCCCUGAGGAUGGGGGGCGGGGGGCUGGUCACGCGCCCCGUGUGCCCUUGUGGUAGAGACCGGAAAAAUUCGCGGAUUCCUUUCGAGACAGGCUGGAAUCCAAACUCGUUUAGCUUAAUGCUGCGUCAGUGAUUGGACCCGCAAUUUACCUGAAGGACUCUGAGCCGAUGGCAGACACUUCAACAAAAGAAGUAUCGAAUCAUAAGAAUCGCAGUAAACAGGUAGGUGUCCCGAGUCGGUAGCCAAUGACCAGGUGAUAGUUGCCCGAGUACAUAGAGAAUCGUGGAGUCUAUCCUAGUGGUCAUUUAAACCGCGAAUUUUUCCAGUCCCUACCUUGUGGUGAAGACUGUAUUGGCCGGCCGUCCCUCCACGACGCGACAAGGCGGCGCAGCGGGAGAGACCAGGCGCACGAACGUGGAGUAGUCCUCGACUCGGGGCGAUGGAGACCGUCAGCUGUCUCGGAGCAGAGGCUCGAGAGUCGAGACACCUCGUCAUCAGUAGAGACCUGAGAAAUUCGCGGAUUCAUUUCGUGUCAUGCUAAAAUUCAAAUAAUUAUACCUUAGUGCUGCUUCUGACAUAGGUUCACUGUUAAUCUGGAGGACUGAGGGCCAAUUAGAGACCCAUCACUCAUAGAAGCGUCGAAUCACAGGCCCACACAGUCGAGACGGCUCACAAGUCAGCAGCCAAUGAACAGUUGGCAUUUGCCCGAGUGUGUAGUGGAUAUUGGAGUCUAUCCUGCAGGUCAUUGAACCCGCGAUUUUUUCCUGUCUCUACUCAUCAGUGUUCGCGCGACUGCAGAGAGAUCUGUCACUGCGCCGACGAGGUGAGCUGGCAAAGGGUUCGAAGACUGGUUCACUCGGGCGUCUUCGCGUCACAGCGACGUCGCGCUUUGCCAGGCCAGUGAACGGUCGCUGCGUGAAGGUUUCGAACACGCAAAUAUCGCAAAUAAUGCACCCGAUCCUUGCAGUUGCUGAAUUACUAGCAUUGUCAGCUUUUUUUUACACGAAACUAAAUUUACUAAACGGAGCUCGUUAAUGCGCGAACGUAAGUUAAAUAAUGAUUUUUGACUAAUUUUCAGGAUAAUAACGAGUCAUCCCAUGAGUUUCCAGCAUCUGAACAACUUAGGUCAGUUAAAUUUAAUGCAUUCGCGUAACUUCGACACUGUUAGUUGUAUGAGGUUUUGGGAUAAGUCAAGCCACAAUAACACAAUAUGUUUCAGCAUAGCCGACUACAAGACAUACAAAAAACGGAUAUCAUCCAUCAAAAUCAAACAUUUUAUUAAACUUCUCCGAUAAAAAAAAGGAAAUUAGUCCAAUUAUUUCUGUAUGAAGAAAACCAUAGGUUUUGAUUAAUUCUGCAACUAAACUCUCUUUUGAUGAAGUAGGUACUUUUGACCAUACCUUAAACAUAUUAGUACAUCGGUAUUUAUGAAUAGAAUAAAAAUUAAUUGCAACAGGGAACGGAAAUAAAUUUUAACUACUAAGAAAACUCUAGAGGGUAAUUGCAUGUCAUUAUCAAAAACUUCAACGCUAGUAUUUAAAUCGUUUCGUUUUCCUUUACAUUAAACUGUUUACUACUGACAUUACAUAUUACUUAAUACGUUUUGUGUAUUAAAUAAGACCUUAUGCAUUUAAUAUAAAUGUACAUGAAUCAAAUAUGUGGAAAAUAAACCGCUCAGUUGGUUUGGCCAUCAAACGGUUGUGAUUAAAUGAUUUUCCAUUGUUUGCUAAUUACAUUGAAGAGUUGUAGUCAUGUUACUACGUGUGUGUGUGUGUGUGUCGCAAAUUAUAAUGAAUAAAAUAUUUACAUUUUGAAGUUAACGUGUUGUGUUUCAUUUCACGCAGCAGCCUCCCCUUGCAUGUUUGGCCAGGCGACCAAUGGCAGC